AUGUGGGAUUCAGUCAAGGAGAAAUUUAAAAAUGUUGACAUUGAGCUAUAUCGAGAAAAGACUUUAGAGCAUAUGAAUCAUUUGUGGAAUAAUUGGAGAGGGGAUUUGAAACGCAACAAUUUAAAGCCUUGUGGUUCUUUUCCAGAGAUGUUGAAAAAUGUUCCUCAAGGGAUGCAUCAAGAAGAUUGGGAGUGGUUAGUUAAGAACCAUUUUUGCACCAAAAAAUUUAAGGAAACAAGUGUUCGAAACUCUGAAAAUAGGAAAAAUUUAACUAUGCUUCAUCGUACUGGUAGCAAACCUUACAGACAAAUUAUCUAUGAUUUGGGAGGCAAGGAUGGCAAUCCACCAGACAUUGGAACUAUAUUCUUUGAAACUCAUAAGAAGGGUGCAAAUUUGGUUGACUCUAAUGUUCAAGAGAAAUAUGAUCAAAUACGUGAUGUCAUCCAAUCCAACCCUUCUUUGUCUCAUAUGGAGGUUGUAGAACAAUGUUUUGAAACACGACAUCGUGAUCAAGUUAUUGGUUAUGGGGGUGGAAUAAAGGCAAAAGAAGUUAAGAAAUCUCAUUCCAACGUUGGCCUUCAAGAGGAGAAUCGAUUGCUUAAGGAUCGUUUGUGCAAGUAG